UUCUGCGGGGGGCAGGGGGAUGGACUGAGCCCACCCGGGGUUGGGUGUGCACGCGUGAGAGCGUGCUUUGGGGCAUCCCGCACACCCCUCCCGCCCGGCCCGUGGACACUCGGGGGAGGAGGGAGUGGCAGCCGCGGGACUAAGGGAGAGCGAGGGACACCUCUCAAAGUGACGCCCCCAACAGGUCCGGAUUUGGAAUUGGCAGCGGCAGAAAUCCGGACACCCCCCCGGGGCCUGCUCCGCACACCCUGCCGCCCCCGCCCGGAGCCCCAGGCCACUGAGCUCGUCCGCCCCGGGGGGCGCCCCGUCGACUGCGGGCUUCCUCCUGCCGACCUGCAAGCGCCCAUGAGGCCGCUGCCCCCGCCGCAGGCGCCGGCGCCCCCCUCGCCGUGCCGGUGGUGAUGCCAUGCCCCGCCACCACGCGGGAGGAGAGGAGGGCGGUGCCGCCGGGCUCUGGGUGAGGAGCGGCGCGGCGGCGGCGGCCGUGGCGGGUGGGGGGCGCCCCGGCAGCGGCAUGAAGGAUGUGGAGUCCGGCCGCGGCAGGGUGCUGCUGAACUCGGCGGCCGCCAGGGGCGACGGCCUGCUGCUGCUCGGCACCCGCGCGGCGGCGCUCGGAGGAGGCGGCGGCGGCCUGAGAGAGAGCCGCCGGGGCAAGCAGGGGGCCCGGAUGAGCCUGCUGGGGAAGCCGCUCUCCUACACCAGCAGCCAGAGCUGUCGGCGCAACGUCAAGUACCGGCGGGUGCAGAACUAUCUGUACAACGUGCUGGAGAGACCCCGCGGCUGGGCGUUCGUCUACCACGCGUUCGUUUUUCUGCUUGUAUUUGGUUGCUUGAUUUUGUCAGUGUUUUCUACCAUCCCUGAGCACACAAAAUUGGCUUCAAGUUGCCUCUUAAUUCUGGAGUUCGUGAUGAUCGUUGUCUUUGGCUUGGAGUUCAUCAUUCGAAUCUGGUCUGCAGGUUGCUGUUGUCGUUAUCGAGGAUGGCAAGGAAGACUGAGGUUCGCUCGAAAGCCUUUCUGUGUUAUAGAUACCAUUGUUCUUAUCGCUUCAAUAGCAGUUGUUUCUGCAAAAACUCAGGGUAAUAUUUUUGCCACGUCAGCGCUCAGAAGUCUCCGGUUCCUACAGAUCCUGCGUAUGGUGCGCAUGGACAGAAGGGGAGGCACUUGGAAGUUGCUGGGCUCGGUGGUUUACGCUCACAGCAAGGAAUUAAUCACAGCUUGGUACAUAGGAUUUCUCGUCCUUAUUUUUUCAUCCUUCCUUGUCUACCUGGUGGAAAAGGAUGCCAAUAAAGAGUUUUCUACAUAUGCAGAUGCUCUCUGGUGGGGCACAAUCACACUGACAACCAUUGGCUAUGGAGACAAAACGCCCCUAACUUGGCUGGGAAGAUUGCUCUCUGCAGGCUUCGCACUCCUUGGCAUUUCUUUCUUUGCCCUUCCUGCUGGCAUUCUUGGCUCAGGUUUUGCAUUAAAAGUACAGGAACAGCACCGCCAGAAACAUUUUGAGAAAAGAAGGAACCCAGCUGCCAACCUCAUUCAGUGCGUUUGGCGUAGCUAUGCAGCCGAUGAGAAGUCUGUUUCCAUUGCGACCUGGAAGCCACAUCUGAAGGCCCUGCACACCUGCAGCCCUACCAAGAAAGAACAAGGGGAGGCAUCCAGCAGUCAGAAGCUGAGUUUUAAGGAGCGAGUGCGCAUGGCUAGCCCAAGAGGCCAAAGCAUUAAGAGCAGGCAAGCAUCGGUAGGUGACAGGCGGUCCCCGAGCACAGACAUCACUGCUGAGGGCAGCCCCACCAAAGUGCAGAAGAGCUGGAGCUUCAAUGACCGAACCCGCUUCAGACCCUCACUACGCCUCAAGAGUUCGCAGCCAAAGCCGGUGAUAGACGCCGACACAGCCCUCGGCACCGACGAUGUAUAUGAUGAGAAAGGCUGCCAGUGUGAUGUGUCUGUGGAGGACCUCACCCCGCCACUGAAAACUGUUAUUCGAGCCAUCAGAAUUAUGAAAUUUCACGUGGCAAAACGGAAGUUUAAGGAAACAUUACGCCCAUAUGAUGUAAAAGAUGUCAUUGAACAAUAUUCUGCUGGUCAUCUGGACAUGCUGUGUAGAAUUAAAAGCCUUCAAACACGCGUUGAUCAAAUUCUCGGAAAAGGGCAAAUCACCUCAGAUAAAAAGAGCCGAGAGAAAAUCACAGCAGAACAUGAGACAACGGAUGACCUCAGCAUGCUUGGCCGGGUUGUCAAGGUUGAAAAGCAGGUCCAGUCCAUCGAGUCCAAGUUGGACUGUCUGCUGGAUAUCUACCAACAGGUCCUCCGGAAAGGCUCUGCCUCCGCCCUCACGUUGGCAUCGUUCCAGAUCCCGCCUUUUGAAUGUGAACAGACGUCUGACUAUCAGAGUCCUGUGGAUAGCAAAGACCUGUCCAGUUCUGCACAGAACAGCGGCUGCUUAACAAGGUCAGCCAGCGCCAACAUCUCGAGAGGCCUGCAGUUCAUUUUAACACCAAAUGAGUUCAGUGCUCAGACAUUCUACGCUCUUAGCCCUACUAUGCACAGCCAAGCAACACAGGUGCCAAUGAGUCAGAACGAUGGCUCCUCCAUGGCGGCCACCAAUAACAUUGCAAACCAAAUAAGCGCAGCAGCCAAGCCAGCAGCCCCAACAACUUUACAGAUCCCACCCCCUCUCCCAGCCAUCAAGCACCUGUCCAGGCCGGAGACUCUGCACCCAAACCCCACUGGCUUACAGGAAAGUAUUUCUGAUGUCACCACCUGCCUUGUUGCCUCCAAGGAAAACGUUCAGUUUGCUCAGUCAAAUCUGACCAAGGACCGUUCCCUGCGGAAAAGCUUUGACAUGGGAGGGGAAACUCUGUUGUCUGUCCGCCCCAUGGUGCCCAAGGACUUGGGCAAAUCUUUGUCUGUACAAAACCUGAUCAGGUCGACAGAGGAACUGAACUUGCAGUUUUCGGGCAGUGAGUCAAGCGGCUCGAGAGGCAGCCAAGAUUUUUACCCCAAGUGGAGAGAAUCCAAAUUGUUUAUAACUGAUGAAGAACUGGGUGCCGAGGAGGCAGAAACAGAUACUUUUGAUGGCACCCCACAGCCUUCGGGGGAAGCUGCUUUUACAUCGGACUCUCUAAGGACUGGAAGGUCGCGGUCAUCUCAGAACAUUUGUAAGACAGGAGACAGUACGGAUGCCCUCAGUUUGCCUCAUGUCAAACUGAACUAAGUUCUUUGUUUUCUUUCUAGGCAUAGCUGUUCUUUUAGCCAUACAUAUCACUGCAUGAACUAUUCUGAAAGCCCUUCUAAAAAGUCGAAAUCGCAAGAAUCAGGAAGAACAUGAACGGCAACUUAUAAGCCCGUUAUCUUUUAAUUGCAUGAAAAUGCAUGUUUAGGGAUGGCAGAAAUUCCAAGGUGCAUUGACAUUAACCCAUGCAUUUAGUAAUGUACCUUGAAUCUAAAAUCCCAAGCAAACAGUCGCUGCUGAUGCUAUGGGGUGUGCGAAGAUGUCAGGAUUAGUUCAAUCGCAAAAGUUGACACUGUAUUUUGAAAGUGUGAGAGUAAACACCUUCAAAUUCCAGGCAUUUCUGCUUUAUGACUAGAUACAAAGUACAUUUUCAAAAUUAGGCCAUGAUGUAUGUUUAGACACAAUGGCUUAGCAACAACUGCUAAUAACACAAGUAAAGCAGAAUUUGGAAUAUAACAGAAAUGGCUGCUUAUUUCCAGAUAUCUUUGCCAACCCAUUCCUCCUCGGUCAUUUUAUUAAUGUAAUUUGAAUGUCAAUCUGUGUGCUUUUGGUAACUUAGCGCUGUGGCAGGCAAUUUUGCACAUCAUUUUCAUGUUGUCCUUUGUGCUGAGAAUGUUUUCUAAUUAGAAAAUGGGCAGAGAAUGCUGUUCAGGCCAGUGGAGCAGGGGACUCACUCUUCCCAGGGCAUCUUCAACUUCAUGAAAACAUAGUCUCCGAUGGAGGAGUCAGCUCUGUAAAUGGUCCAUCUCCUCACAUGCCUGUGAGCCCCUGAUGGGUCUAGCAGCCUGUGCCGCUGGGCUGGUCUCUCUGUGAGAACACAAGGACAGGGUUGCCCAUCCUGUGCACUCAAAUGGCCAGUGUGACCAGCUGUUCCCAUUUAGUGGGCAUGCAGGUAGGGUCUGGGGAAGGGGAUAUCUACGUGAGAUGGAGGGAAGACUUGGAAAGACUACACAAGCAUUACCACAUGGGUGACAUUAAAGGAAGGGACUCCCCACCCCCAAAGGGCAGUGAGCAGAGAAGCCAAAAUGAAAACAACUAGAUUUUUUUAGAAAAUAAAUAUUGCUAGGAAGUUCAACUACCUAAACAUCUCUUAUUCUUGUAUAACAGAGAAUUUUUGCAAGCUAUUUAUUUUUAAUAUGCCCUGAGUGUCUUUUGCUAUUAUGUAGUACAUUUUGCACAGGAAAGGCUAAAACAAAACUUCCUUUACUUUCAUACUAUAGUGAACAUUUUUCUAUUCUUCCCGACAAUAUUAUCCCAAAUGUGAAAUUAUUGGCUCAGUUUCCAGGUUAUGAACAUUUAUAAUCACAAACCAGAUAACAUUGGAUGUGGCAGCCAAUCAAAACCCCUUAGUAAUGUAUUGUGAUGACAAAGAAACAAAUAAUAUAUAUAUAAAUGUAUUUCUCAAAAGGCAAGCAAUACUGGCUGCUUGUUAGAACUGAGCCCCGCACCUGUAAUCACAGCACUGGGGAGACUGAGACAGGGGAUCAUGAGUUCAAGGCUAGCCUGGAUUAUACAGCAAAAUUGUGUCUCAAAAAUAGAGAGACAGAACUAAGUAUCUUGGACCAUCAGGGAUAUUGACCAAAGUAAUAACAUUCUAAUAGACUUAGAGAGCCAAGUAAGUAUGCAUGCCUGUAAUCCCACUAUUUGGGAGGUGGAGGCAGGAGGUUCAGGAGUUUAAAUCAGCCUUGGCUAUAUGAAGCCUAGACUCAAAAAAUAAAAGGAAGAGAGAUAGGAAAAGUCUGAGGAAAGUUGGCUAUGCUUGAACAACCAAAGGAUUCAUGAAAGAAGACAUUUUUUUCUUAGCAACUAUUAGUGCUGGGGCUGGUGUGUGUGUGGGGGGGGGUGGCUUCUUUCAGUAUCCAAGCCAAAUGAGCGAAAUCUGUUUAAAGAAAGGAGUCCUCCCAAUCCGCCAGCCCUUCCCAAGGCUCUCCCCCAGCAGAAUUUUCCUUGUCACUGACUCUCCGUUACUUUCCUCCCCUUCACUGUUUGGUGACUCCUCACCACGAUUUGCUCUAGAACUUCGCCAGGCCUUAACCAGCCUUCACCCUCAAGCAAAGCAAUUCUCUCUUCCUCAGAUGUGCUUCCCAGCCUCAGUUUUGACAAAUGGUGAAAUGUUAAAAGUCUUCCUUCUUUCCACCCCUCUAGGAUGCAUCCAGGGUGUGGUUGUACACACCUUUAAUCCCACAGGCUUGACAGGAUGGAGGCCGUAGAUCUUUGUGAGUUCAAGGCCAGCCUGUCUACAAUGUACGUUCCAGGAUAGCCAGGGCUACCUAGAGAAACCCUAUCUCAAAAAAGAAACAAACAAGCAAACAAACAACAAACAAAUGAAACUUUCUUAGACAGUCUCCUGGAGUAUAGCAUUCAGGAUCUUUUGGCCCAAGAAAACACUGAUAAGAUAAAGUGUGAAUUUUACUCUCUAUUGAAAAAUGUUUAUCAAGCCUUUAAAGCUAUUCUUUUCAUUUUCCAAACAGAAAGCUAGUCAAUUAUUGAUGUGAUUUUUUUCAUUUACCAAUGUCUCCAACCAACAUGAAGUAAUGAUGUACCCUUCAAAAGUUUUACCCAUGUGUGUAUACACAAGACACAUCCCUCCUUUGAGCAAAAGCCAGAGAUACCUGCCCGGUACUCAACAAGGUUCACUCCAAAUAAUGGCUGAGGAAGAAGGAGCUGAGAGCUUCCAGACAGCACUGAUACUGUCUCAGGUUGAACCCCACUGGCAGCAAGAAUUAUGAAUGUAUUGGGGACCCCUUCUUAGGCAACCUCAGGUCUCAAACACAGUACAGUUCAUCUAACACAGCUGACGACUGAAGAUUAAGAGACAAAAGCCAAAACACAUUGCUGUGGUCUUAAGCAAAAUGUGAAAACUACGUUGUGAAAAAUGUUUGUACAUUGAAGCCAUGACCAUUUUGUGUGUUUUAUUCUAGCACAAAAACUCUUGGACAUUGCAAGAUAGGUUUUUGGCGCGUAAACUUCAGGGUUAUGUCUAUUAUGCCAUUCUCUGGGGGAAUGGAGGAGGGGGUAGUCUCCCGGUUACACUUAGCAGAGACCCAAUGUUCCACCCCAAAGGGUGUGUGGGAGCACAGUUCAGCUGAGCACACUAAGUAGCCUUGUGCUUUCUUAGCUCAAGUUCGUCUGCCUUAUGCAAUGCAUAAGGUUGAUCAUGCUAAUACCUACAUCAGUCAUCCAUUGUACAAGGUUAACUAAAAAAUGUUGCCAUGUCUAAUCAAAAUGUUUGCAUUUUGUUCAACCAAAUUAGUAUCUGUAGAUGGCAAGUUCAUUUAAUUUAAGAUGCUUUACCAGGUUUUCUGACUCUUUAAUAGUUUCUUCUUCAUGGGUGCCUUCCUGACCUCCCAUUGGCUCAGUUUUGUCCAGAAGGUUCUUAAUCUGAAAGUCAAACAAGCCUAAUAGAGGAGUUGAGGCACAAACCAACUAAAUGUCAUACCCAUUUCCAGAACAAAACCAUAAAGAAUGAUGAAACCCAGGCAAACAGAUCAUUCAAUCAAAUCAAGGAAACAGCAUAAAUGCUAAUUCCCCAGAACCUGAUUUUUUUUUUGCCUUAAAUGAUAUGGUUGUGUUUUUGUAAGAAAAAUUUAAUUUAAUAUAAUUAUGUGCAUUUAAGUGAGCAGUUCUAAAAGUCAUGUAGGAAAACAAUUGUCUGUUUCCUGAAAACAACUAAAUCAGGAAUAUCAUACCCAUUUCAAGCUAUCAUUAAAAUGUAAUUUCCUUUGCUGUCUUAUACUGAGAUUAUUUGUUUUCAACUAAAACAUUAAAAAGAUGUCUAUAAA